UUAUCUCGCGAGAGCUGCGGGUAGCUCUUCCUGCGCGCUCCUGGAGGCUAAUGGCAAAGUGGCUAAAACUGUCCACAGCGCCUAGACAGUCAUGAAGAUUGUCACCUGGAAUAUAAACGGCAUAAGAACUUUUAAAAAUGGCAUCAAGAAGGCGCUCGACUCUUUCGACGCCGACAUAAUCUGCGUUCAGGAAACAAAAGUCACCCGCGACCUGCUGGAUGAGAGGACCGCGAUUGUAGACGGCUACAGCUCCUACUUCAGUUUCAGUCGAGGACGCAGUGGCUACUCGGGAGUUGCAACCUUUUGUAAAGACGCUGCUACACCUUUUGCUGCUGAAGAAGGAUUGACGGGUCUUCUUGCCAGCAAUGGAGAUGCUGUUGGUUGCUAUGGUGACCAAGGUGCAUUCUCCACCGAGGAGUUGCAGUCACUAGACAGUGAAGGAAGGGCUGUCAUAACUCAGCACAAAUUUAUGGGAGAAGAAGGAUCAGAGACAUUGACUGUCAUUAAUGUGUAUUGCCCACGUGCAGAUCCAGAAAAGCCAGAGAGGAAGCUCUUCAAGCUGCAGUUCUACAAGCUCCUCCAGAGCAGAGCUGAGACCAUUGAGGGGCCUGGGAGUCAUGUGAUCAUUUUGGGGGACAUCAACACAUCUCACCGGCCCAUAGACCACUGUGACCCCGAUGAUGUGGAUAACUUUGAGGACAAUCCAGGCAGAAAGUGGCUGGACAGCUUUCUGUUUGGGUCAGCAGAAAAUGGAAAUGAAGAAGAGGUGGAAGAUUCCGAGACCUCUCCGAAAUGUAUGGCCGGUGGGAAGUUUGUGGACACCUUCCGACAUUUCCAUCCAACCCGUGCAAACGCCUUCACAUGCUGGUCUACGCUUACAGGCGCCAGGCAGACCAAUUAUGGCACGCGCAUUGACUACAUCUUUGGCAGUUGUUCACUGGUGGAGAAAAGCUUCCUGAGUGCAGAUAUAAUGCCUGAGGUGGAGGGUUCUGAUCACUGCCCCGUGUGGGCACAGCUAAGCUGUACCCUCAUACCCAGUCCCAAGUGUCCGUCUCUGUGCACCCGCUACAUGCCCGAGUUUGCCGGAAGGCAGCAGAAACUUUCACGCUUUUUUGUUAAAGUUUCUGAGCAACAAAACGUUUCCAGCGACAUUGCAGAAAGUCUACCUGGAUCUCAGGAGGCUGGGGAGAUUCGUGAGAACGUCGGUCCUAUAGCAGAGGGGAUGAGUGCAGGGAAGAAAAGAACUUCAGAUGGACCUCCGGAGUCAUCUGCCUUUAAGGGGAAACGAAGCAAACAAGUUAAAACUGCAAAUAAACCUCAGGGUAGCCUUUUGGCCUUCUUUAAACCUAAACCGAGCCCUGAAAUACCUUCCAGCCAGAGCUUCAUGAUAAGGGCAAAACCAGCUAACUGCAGCAGCCUAAUAAGUGAAGACUCUGGGCCUGACAUCCACAAACCUAAACCAAACGAUGUUACGGACUACAAUGUAACCCAUGACAUGCUUACCGACUGCCUCACAGAGGUCAGAGAGGACACUGAGGAGACCAGGCUAAAUACUGAAGGACCAGGUUGUGAGGAUGAUAUCCAAAUCAAAGCCACAAGCCAUCAAGAGACAAAGGACUCUAAGAAAGGAAAGUGUCCUGACUUUUGGAAAGCAGUUUUGCGUGGACCACCCCAGCCGCCACUGUGUAAGGAACACAACGAGCCCUGUGUGCUGCGAACUGUGAAAAAAGCGGGGCCUAAUUUGGGCCGGCAGUUUUUUGUAUGUGCCCGCCCUCAAGGUCAUGCAUCCAAUCCAGAGGCUAGAUGUAAUUUCUUUGCCUGGGUAGAAAAGGGCAAGUAGAAACCCAGAUCUAUGUACAAACAGUAUGUACAUGUCAUCCAGUGGUGCUGCUACUAUGUUGAAUUUAUGUGUUUUUACUGUAGAAAUAAAAGCUGGUUAAAUUCACACUUCUGAUGAUAUCUAACAACUGUGUUAAUGCGGCAUGGUCUUCUGAGAUGCAGUGCUUCAUGUAGAGGUGGGCAAAAUGGCAAUAUUAAUUGUUAUUGCGAUAAAUUAUUAGGGAUGCAGUGGGCCGAUGCUGAUACAUAAACAUUUAUAGAAUGUAGGAAUAUUGAUUAAAUCAUUCUAGAUUAGCAUUACAGGCAAAUGUAAUAUAUCUAGAGGUUUACAAAUGUAGUAAAAGUAAUGAAAUGCAGGCAUUUUAGCUAUUUUUAGAAUAGGUAUGUCAUCAUAUAUUGAUUUGAAAA